AUGGUUAACGUUCCAAAGACUAGAAAGACCUACUGUAAGGGUAAGACCUGCCGUAAGCACACCCAACACAAGGUUACCCAAUACAAGGCUGGUAAGGCUUCCCUGUUCGCUCAAGGUAAGAGACGUUACGACCGGAAGCAAUCCGGUUUCGGUGGUCAAACCAAGCCUGUUUUCCACAAGAAAGCCAAGACCACCAAGAAGGUUGUCUUGAGAUUGGAAUGUGUCGCUUGUAAGACCAGAGCCCAAUUGACUUUGAAGAGAUGUAAGCAUUUCGAAUUGGGUGGUGAAAAGAAGCAAAAGGGUGCUGCUUUACAAUUCUGA